UUGUUCAGGCAGAACUUCCGCGAUGGAUGGGAACCCGGAGGAGCAUCAUUUGCCGUAUUUGUAAAAGGAGAAAAGGUAGUAGACAUAUGGGGCGGAUACGCCGAUAAGCAAGCUGUCCGCACCUGGAAGGAGGACACGAUUACGAUAACGUUCUCCAUUACUAAAGCUGUGUCAGCACUGUGUAUAGCUGUGCUCGCCGAUCGAGGCCGCCUCAAUUACGACGAUCCUGUCGCGAAACAUUGGCCAGGAUUUGCGAAGAAUGGCAAAGAAAAUAUCACCAUCGAAUGGGUUCUGUCGCACAUGGCCGGUCUACCGUACUUAGAUGCGAUGAUUACUCAGGAAAUGGCACUGGAUCACAAUAUAAUGAGAGAGGUGUUAGAGAAUGAAGCACCAAAGCUCCCACCUGGACAGAAUACCACCUAUCAUGCAUACACCUUAGGAUGGCUCCUGGAUCAAAUCGUAAGGCAUAUAGAUGAGAAGCAUCGAGGAGUCGGGCAGUUUCUCAGGGAAGAAAUCACAAAACCACAUGGAGUCGACUACCACAUUGGUUUGAAGCCCUUCUGA